UGGGGUGAUUGAUCGGGAGCGACCAAUUCCAGCGUCAGGCGCAUGCUCUUCCCGAUCUGAGGCCAGCAUUCGCAAUCUCCGCUGAGGUGAGCGCCGCGAUCGCGAAAAGAGCUGAGAAUUUCGCUGUGGAAUGAGCUAGAGAUCAAGGGUUAGAUGAGUUUCGAUCCCGGGAGAGCAUCAGAAUGUACACCACGGUGGGGCGCUUGAGCAGCUACAUCUCACAGGGCGUCUACACAGUCUCGGGGCCAUUCCAUCCCUUUGGAGGCGCGGUCGAUAUCGUGGUCGUGGAGCAGCCAGACGGGAGUUUCAAAUCCACGCCAUGGUAUGUCAAGUUUGGAAAAUUCCAGGGGGUUCUCAAGCGCAGGGAGAAGACUGUGACGGUGGGUGUCAACGAUGUAGAUGCGAGCUUUCACAUGUAUCUGGAUCACAAGGGAGAGGCUUACUUCCUCGAGGAUGCAUCCGACGACGAUGAGAAGCAGCCUUUUUCUCCCCCAAGCGGGCCUUCGUCCGGGGACGAGGGGCAUGAAUUGGCUCUCGAGUAUCACAAGUUGGUGGAUCAAGGGAUUGGCGGGGAUGGAAACGAUUCGGCGAGCGAUGUAGAGGAAGUAGUGGUUUUGAAUUCCAGCGAGAGCUUGGAAUUGGAGUUUUCGGGAGCGACCAGUAGUGAUAGUUUAGGCGGGGUGGCGAAGCCUCAUGAAGAUGGAGCUCGGACGAAUUUACUCGAGCUUCAGGAGGAGGCUUUGGGGAUUGCCUCGUCGGGGGCGACGACGACGACACCAGCGGCGGCUCUUUUUGCAAACACCGCGCUGAUGGCGAUUGAGAGAGUCGCGGGGAAGCCGGUGGAAAAUGGAGAGGUGCAUGCCUCUUCUCCCGACGUUUUGGAAGUUGACCAAGCUGAGAAGAAGGGAGGGCAUGCCGAGAAUGGAGAGGUUUCUUCUCCCGACGUUUUGGAAGUUGAUCAAGCUGAGAAGAAGGAAGGGCAUGCUGAGAAUGGAGAAGUUUCUUCUCCCGACGUUUCGGAAGUUGAUCAAGCUGAGACGAAGGAAGGGCAUGCCGAGAAUGGAGAAGUUUCCUCUCCCGACGUUUUGGAAGUUGAUCAAGCUGAGAAGAAGGAAGAGCAGAUAUCUGUGACGUCGCUGAGCUCGAGGAACGGCGACUACGUGAUGAAUUCUUACGAGGUCACGCGGGCUGUUGAUAGGAGCUACGUCAUAACAGGAACUUCAAAGGAAGAGGUGCAAAAGAAAGCUAUGGAGUUGGAGAAAGAGGUGGCUGGGUUAGAUAUGAAGCUUGUCAGUGAGGAAGGUUCGCCUCACUCCGAGGCCCUGAGUGAAGGGAUUCGGAAGGGUGGUGAAGCGACCGUGGUGGAGGUAACCAAUUCCGUUCAAGACAUUGCGGGGACCUUGAUAUCUGAGGUGCCCGAUGUGCAGGAGAUUGCAUCGAAGGAAGAAGUGAUAUCUGAGUUACCCGAUGAGCAGGAGAUUGCAUCGACUACUUCCAAGGAAAAAGUGAUAUCCGAUGAGCAGGAGAUUGCAUCGACUACUUUCAAGGAUAAAGUAAUAUCUGAGGUACCCGAUGAGCAGGAGAUUGCAUCGACUACUUUCAAGGAUAAAGUAAUAUCUGAGGUACCCGAUGAGCAGGAGAUUGCAUCGACUACUUUCAAGGAAGCAGUGCAGGAAGCCACCGACUUGGCGACAAGCUCGGAUAAGAUUUUGACCGGCUUUGGGGGGAGCUCGUCGUCUAAGGUCUCGGAGGAACAGGAAAACGCAUCGACUGAUGUGAUACCUGUUAAAGUGACCGAGGUAGCAGAAGAACAGGUUGUCAGCUCGAAUGGGGCCGGAACUGAAGACGAGAAGAAAAGCUCGCCGGAUAAAGUGGAGACCACGUCGAUAGACGCGAUCAUUACCGAGCCUUCCGAUGAUGAAGCUGGGGAGUUAAAGCAAAAGGAUGGAGUGUUGGACAAGGCCCGCAUUGAACAGGAAACUCCAUCGGCCGAUGCGACUGCUGCGGCAGAAGCAGCGGGAUCAGCAGCAGGAGCACAGAAGCUGAAAGCAGCGCUUGAUAGCAAUGUUGAGAGACGAACUUGGGGGUGGUGGGUCUGGGGGGGUGGCUCUUCGAAGCCAAAGCUGGACUCUACCACCUCCAAGGGCAAAGCUGACGAGGGAGAGGUGGUGGCCGUUACAGGAAAAGAAAGUAUUGUAAACAGUAAGGUAGACCUUUCCAGCGCCGAAGUUGUACUCAUGAGCGUCGAUGGCCACGUGGUGGUGGCCGAGCACGACGAAACCCCACAAAAGCAAGUACAGCUUCAGGAGAUUCAAUCAGCACCUGUUCAAGUCCUUGAGAAGCAGAUGCUGCAAGUGAGCGAGAGCACCAGCUUGAAGGCUGGUCCGGAGUCGGCGAUCGAGAUCUCAGAGCAGAAGAUUGUCGCGACGGAAGCAGCGUUGCACAACUCGAUUGCUACUGGGCUCAUAAGAAACGGCUACUGGACCUCUUGGAAGCUAACGUCUAAUAAGACGCUCAUUCCCACUUCCGAGCAGCUGGCGUCGCUCAAAUUGAAACCGGGCAGAAACAAGAUAACAUUCACGUUUACCACUCGUGUUCUCGGCAAGCAACAGGUGGAUGCUCGCAUUUACUUGUGGAAAUGGAACACUAAAGUUGUAAUAUCGGACGUGGAUGGGACUAUUACAAAGUCCGAUGUGCUUGGGCAGGUCAUGCCUUUGGUCGGCAGGGACUGGACACAAACUGGAGUUACACGUCUUUUCUCUGCCAUCAAGGAUAAUGGCUACGAGCUUAUAUUUCUUAGCGCGAGAGCCAUUUCACAGGCAUACCUCACACGGCAGUUUUUGGUGAACUUAAAACAGGAUGGCGAGGCCCUUCCAGAUGGACCAGUAGUCAUCUCUCCUGACGGCUUGUUUCCUUCACUCUAUAGAGAAGUUAUACGCCGAGCUCCUCACGAGUUCAAAAUUGGAUGCCUUGAGGAUAUUAGAGCUUUGUUUCCCCCCGAAUGUCAACCGUUUUAUGCGGGAUUCGGUAACAGGGACACGGACGAAAUUAGCUAUUUGAAAGUUGGGAUACCGAAGGGGAAGAUUUUCAUUAUAAAUCCCAAGGGGGAAGUAAUUGUAAAUAACAUCUUGGACCUGAAGUCGUACACCUCGCUUCACAAGCUCGUGAAUGAUAUGUUCCCUCCCGUAAAUUUGACGGAGCGGGAGGAUUUCAAUUCUUGGAACUUUUGGAAGAUGCCACUUCCGGAUGUUGACGACCUUUGAAGGAGAAAAUAUUUUUUGUGAGGUACCUUGACCGGGACCCCAUUUUCGCCCUCGGAAAUUGUUUGUACAGUAGAAUGCACACAGAUAGAAACCGCCGGCAUUCGGCGGUCCGGGAGCUGUAGAAAUCACGAGAAAUAUUCAGAGGGGCCAAUAACCCAGUCACGACUGGGCUACCUACAGUAUUCAUCAGUAAGACGUUGCUUUCAUUCUUAUUUUUCUUAUUUGUUUGAUCGAUCUUAUAGUG